ACAUUAACAGAGGGAAAAUGAAGAAAAAAAAUGUAAAUUUGACGUUUUCUCGUUUGAUUGGUUGGACAUGGGAAUAAUCAAAACAAUACCCAUUUGUUAUCUUAAAAGGUUAACAUUGACUUGUCCUUUAGUGGCUUUUAAGAUUUCACCAUUAGAACAAGGUGUGAUAAUGCAGGAGGAGGAAAAUCAGGAAGAUCCAUGUGGUGAAUCUAUGGAGGAAAAUGAACCCUCAAAAGGGGUUUGGGACUGUUUUUGCAUCCCAAUCCAUUGGUUUAACAUGCUUUCAAGGGAAAUGCAUUGGAGCUUUGUACUUGGGGUGGUGAUUGUUUAUGGAAUAAGCCAGGGACUUGGUGGAGCUCUUGCUGAAGUUGGCACUAAGUAUUAUAUGAAAGAUGUUCAGAAGGUGCAGCCAUCUGAGGCACAGGUUUAUAAAGGAAUCACAUCCAUUCCUUGGAUUGUGAAGCCUCUAUGGGGUCUUCUCACUGAUGUUCUCCCAGUUUUUGGGUAUCGAAGGAGACCUUAUUUCAUUUUUGCUGGUUUCUUAGGAGUGAUUGCCAUGCUUUUGUUAUCUUUGCACGAAAGCCUGCAUCUUGUGUUGGCCCUUUUGUCAUUGACAGCUGGCAGUGCUGGGGUGGCAAUAGCAGAUGUGACCAUUGAUGCCUGUGUGGCACAGAACAGUAUUUCUCAUCCCUCACUUGCCGCUGACAUGCAAAGUUUGUGUGCCUUCAGUUCUUCUGUUGGACAACUAGUUGGAUUCUUCAUUAGUGGUAUCUUUGUUCACCUUAUAGGCCCUAUGGGGGUGUUUGGUUUGAUGACUAUCCCAGCUGGACUUGUAGUUUUGGUUGGUUUUCUGCUUGAUGAGCCUCGUAUGCACGACACCUCUUAUAGACAGGUGAAACAAAAUUUUGUCGAUGCUAGCAAGGCUAUGUGGACUACAUUGAGGAGUGAAGAUGUGUGGGGACCUUGUUUAUACAUGUAUUUAUCCCUUGCAUUGAGUUUGGAUAUCCGUGAAGGAAUGUUUUAUUGGUAUACAGACUCAAAAGGUGGACCAUCUUUCUCUCAGGAGAGUGUUGGUUUUAUAUUUUCAAUUAGUUCAGUGGGGGCCCUUUUAGGAGCAAUACUAUACCAGUAUGCCCUAAAGGAUUAUGCAUUCAGAGACUUGCUCUUCUGGACUCAGUUGAUUUAUGGUUUGUCAGGGAUGCUUGAUCUGGUUCUAGUCUUAAGAUGGAGCCUCAAGUUUGGCAUACCAGAUUAUUUCUUUGUUGUGAUUGUUGAAAGCAUAGCUCAAAUGACCAACAGGCUCAAGUGGAUGCCAAUGCUUGUUCUCAGCUCAAAGCUUUGUCCCUCAGGCAUUGAAGGCACCUUCUUUGCUCUACUAAUGUCAAUUGAUAAUGUUGGUCUUCUCUCAGCAUCAUGGGGUGGUGGCUUUGUUCUCCACAUACUAAGGAUCACAAGAACAAGGUUUGAUAAUGUUUGGUUGGCUAUUUUGAUCCGUAACAUUUUAAGGAUCACCCCACUUUGCAUGCUGUUUUUGGUGCCUAGAGGUGACCCCAACUCUUCCAUUCUUCCAAGUAAAAGCGUGGAUUCAAAGGUGGCUAUUGACACUUCAGACGCCAAAAAUGUUGAAUUGGUGUCCCUUGUACACAGUGUUGAUGAUGGUAAAUAGUUGAGUGAUGAAAAAACUGAAAAGACAUUCUUUUGGAUUCUUGGUUCCACAUACACGAAAUUACCAAGCCAGAGUAGAAUCAAACGUGCAAUUUGUUUGCAUUUAAUGUCAACAACAACAAAACAAAGAUGAUUUUGAGAGAAAAGAUCUAAGCAUCUUGGGCAAUGCGAGGGUGAAGGAUAUUAAUCAGUAGUAGGAUAUUUAAUUAUUCAUGUAAAGUAAGCCCUCGGUAUAUUUUCAUGAGAUGAUGUCAUGCUUUUUAUUAGGACAAAAUUUAAAUAUUUCUUUUUUAUAAUAACACGUGAAUGCUUGUCUUUUGGAUAA